GCUGUAGACCGAAGGCAUAAUCACAGCAUCUGUGUUGAUUGUGUGCUUUGCAGUUGGCUAAGGAAAUUUACCAAAAUGGAUCACAUCUUGGACAGAUCAGAUGAUGAGGACAACAUUUUCUUUGAAAAUCCUCAAACGGACUCGCUUCAAGAGGGUAUGUUGGAGCUGGAGGCUGAGCAUGACCAGGACCUGCAGAGUAAACAGGAUGAGCAAGAAACACAUGAUGCUCAAUGUGAGGACCCUCAACUCUCCACAUCUUUGCAGUCUUCAGGGAACAUCCCUAAACUGAGUCAGGAGAACAUGUUUUUCCAGCUAAACCACUGGAAUACACAGAUGGGUCUACAAGUGAAAGAACUCGGAGAUGAUCACAUGGGCUGGAUGAAGAAAAUUAACAGUAUUAUACAAAAAGUAACCAUAUCAGAAAGCACAGUGAAGAGCUUGUUAAGUGAGGUGAUGUCUUUGGAGGGCCAAAUUGGAAAGCUGGAGUUACACCAGGGCCGUGACCCUGACAAGGGGGAAAACAUCAAGGAGAAGAUUGUGGAAAUUAAAAAGCAACUAGGAGAAAUGGAUAACAAAUUUGUCCAGGUUGAUGCUUGUAAUGAAGCUCAUGAAUUAAAGGAGAAACUCAUUGCAAAAAUAGAGAACUUCUGCAAGGACAUGACUGUGAUGAAUAAAAGACUGGGGAUGUACCCAAUGAGAGAAGAGCACACAGACUCAUGGAGUCCUGAAGACACGGGUAGGGAAGAAAUGGAGCGUCUGCUUCUUCAGGCUCCCCCGGCCCCUUCCGUGCAGAGCUCCCCUCCUCGCAGUACCUUGUGGAAACGUGCACUGAGGAUUUUCAUCAUAUUUUAUGCCCUCACCUUCACUGUACUUUCAUGUUACAUAUUAUUUUUUGAUGCCACGUUUAUCUUUGAAAGCGUGCUCCCUACAAUGCUUGGGCGCCGCAGAACAUGGGAACUACGGGAGAUUAUUGUGCCUUUCUUAAAUUUGGAAGUGGAAGACUUGUUACCCUCCUAAAGAUACAAUAAAAUUCUG